AGGCAGGUGGAUCUCUGAGAGUUCAAGGCCAACCUGGCCUACAAAGAGAGUUCCAGGACAGUCAGGGCUAUUACACAAAGAAACCCUGUCUUGAAAAAACCGAAGAAGAAAUAAAACUUAAUUCUUAGGACCUGGUGUUGAUCAGUUGAUAGUGUCUAUACCAUGUGUGAGGCCCCACGUUCCAACUCCAGAUAAAGCCAAGUGUGCAUGUGUAAUCUUAGCACUACAGAGACAGGUGGGAAGAUCAGACGUAGUCUUUUUGUUUACAUAACUUCCAGCUUAGGGUACACGAGACCCCCAUCUCAAAGAAAGCAUUUGUUCUGCAUACGUUCUGACCAAGCAGGCAGUGCUGAGUCCUGUACACAAUGACAACAAAGGUCUCCCGCUAAUCAGGUUGGCUUGAAAACUUGCUAGAGUAGUUUUUUCAGCCUCUUGGGGAUUGUGUCUGGGUAACAUUUUUGGUCCAGCAGGUAACAUGUAGCAUCCUGUGCUGUGAGCUUCCUUGUUAAAACUGGAACAGAAACAAAAAGCACAAUUAGAAGGUAGUUAGGGAAGAAAAGAAGCUGUAGACUGUCUGUGAGCCACUCCCCACUGAAGGUGCAUCUCAUCAGAGAUUGUCUUGUCUCUGGUGUUCUGCUCAGAAAGAACAAUGGCACCUUCAUUACAAGCCACCCUAACAAUCUGGAAAAUACCCAGGUAGAAUCUUCUGGAAGGAGGAUGGCCUAUGCCCUGUGGUUGUUAUGCAAGUGGUGUCUUUAGCAGGAAAGCUGUGGCUCCUGGGUGGCUGAAAAUCCAGCUCAGCCAAAGGUGGCUGAGCUCUGAGCACCCAUGCUGUAGCAGCCUAUCUGGACCACCUUCACUGUCCUCACCCCCGACUUCGCUUUAGUAGCUUGGCCUUGCUAAUCUGUUGCCCUGGAUUCAGUUCCUUGAGCUUUUGAAAGGACAUUGUUUGUGUGUUUAUUUCAGAUUUCUUUGUGCUUACAAGGCUCACUCUUCUAGUUCCUGAGGCAGUUUUAGCAAAAGCUUUCAGUGCAAAAUGAACUGUGCAGUGGCAGCCAAGAAGGCAGCUGGGAAAUGCCCAGAUGGAACUAUUGUGUGCUAGAGUCCCUGCCUCUCUGCCUUCAUGACACGAAUUUUAACUCAGGUGCCUUGGGACCGUUUGAGGAGUGGAAAACCACAGCUUACUCCUAGAAUCCUGUCAGCUCAUUCCUGACUCAUAGGACCAGUCACCCUCAUCUUGCCAGCGAAAGCUGGGCAGAGUCGUUUGAAGCAGUGAAGCCAGUUCCUCAGGCCGUAUCCAGACUUUUCACUAUGAGAAGGAGUUAAUUCUUUAUAGGAAAGCAAAGACAAGUUCCAGCACAGCCUGACCUGGAGCAUACUAAAAACUGAGGUGUGGAGUGACUCUUAACCCAAGCUGUCACUGCCUGUGAGGAGCGCACAGCCAGUGUCCCGGGAGCUGCCGUGCUUCACCGACUACAGGAUGUCCAGCCAGGACCUGAGCAUCACCGCAAAACUCAUCAAUGGAGGUGUGGCAGGACUCGUGGGGGUGACCUGCGUGUUUCCCAUUGACCUUGCCAAGACCCGACUGCAGAACCAGCAGGGGAAAGAUGUGUAUAAAGGAAUGACGGAUUGCCUGAUGAAGACCGCACGUGCUGAGGGCUUCCUGGGCAUGUACCGAGGGGCUGCAGUGAACCUCACCCUGGUCACUCCAGAGAAGGCAAUCAAGCUGGCAGCCAACGACUUCUUGCGGCAGCUGCUCAUGCAAGAUGGGACGCAGCGAAACCUGAAGAUGGAGAUGCUGGCUGGGUGUGGGGCUGGAGUAUGCCAGGUGGUGGUUACCUGUCCCAUGGAGAUGCUCAAGAUUCAGCUGCAGGAUGCUGGCCGCUUAGCUGUCUGUCAUCAGCGCUCUGCCUCAGCCACGCCCACCUCUCGGCCCUACUGCACUGGCUCGGCUUCCACGCACAGGCGCCCCUCGGCCACCCUCAUUGCCAGGGAGCUGCUCCGCACUCAGGGCCUGUCCGGUCUCUACAGGGGCCUGGGUGCCACUCUCCUCAGAGACAUUCCCUUCUCCGUCAUCUAUUUCCCUUUGUUUGCAAACCUGAACCAGCUUGGGGUCAGCGAGCGCACGGGCAAGGCCCCCUUCACGCACUCCUUCGUGGCAGGCUGCGCAGCAGGUUCUGUGGCCGCAGUAGCUGUCACCCCUCUGGACGUUCUGAAGACUCGAAUCCAGACCCUCAAGAAAGGCCUGGGUGAGGACACGUACAGUGGAGUCGCUGACUGUGCCAGGAAACUCUGGACACAGGAGGGAGCGGCAGCCUUCAUGAAGGGCGCAGGCUGCCGUGCCCUGGUCAUAGCCCCUCUCUUUGGGAUUGCCCAGGGCGUCUACUUUGUUGGCAUCGGAGAGCGCAUCUUAAAGUGCUUCGAGUAAUCUAUCCCGUCCCUGACUUGCUGCUGCCUCUGGCCCUACCCUGGGACUAGGUGGCAAUGCUGCAAGCGUAAGAUGUCCACCCUGAUGUACAUGGUGUCUAACCCUGUAGAGCCACCUCAGAAGAAGUGACCCAUUUUACUGAAAGAGUAGAGCCUUCCUCUCCCUUUAUGAAAGCUAAGCUUUGUGGUACAGCUUACCAGGGAUGUCCAGAAGCCCCACCCACCUCUGUCUAACAACGGAAACGACCCCGUGUAUGAUGGCAGGACCACUUGAAGGAUGGACGGAAGGGACUGUUCCACACUGACACUCCCACUGCAGGCAAGUGCAGCCCAGUGGUGACCGUGUGUGGAUUUAGCAUUGAUCCUGGCUCUGAUGCUCUGACAGUUCAGACGGAGUGCACCUGGGCUGAACUGGGCCCUCCUGGGCAUCACCAAUGGAUGAAUGGACCCCGAAUGAGCAGUCUGGCCACGUAAGCUGUCCUGGCCCAGAUGCCCACCCUGAAGGAUGGGCCCAAUCCCUCCUAACAGAUGCUAGUGGGACAUGAUCUGAAAUAAAGCUGGCUAAAGCCUUGUCCUGUUAUCAGCAUAGCAGAUGACUAACAUGGACUGUCUUCUGCAGAUCCAAGCUGUGGCUUCUGGGGCCCCACAGCAAUUCACUAUGAUCUUCCAACUGGUGUUUAAGAGUGAAGAGUGGCUGGAGGGACAUUUUUACACUGAACCCAUUUUAAU